AUAUUUAAGAGCAAACAGGCAGCAGCCAGCACUGAGGCACUUCCAACUGCAGCUCUGCGCUGCUUCCCUCGCCAGCUGAGCGCAGCCAGCACAGACGCAGGGGGGAGCGGGCUGGUGCAAGUCGCUCCGAUCCUUUCUGUCCUGGGGAUGAAGGACUCCUAUCGCUGAUUUUUCAUCCCCGCCUUUACCAGUGGUCUUUAACACGAUCACAGUAUGCACCACAAUGCUUUAAAACAGUAAAGCUUCUGGAAAACCCAAACAAAAGGAACGUCACCAGGUGACGUCAGCCUAUAUACAGCCCUGUGUGGUCGCAGCGCAUAAGCAAAUCCAUUCUUGUACCGCUUCCCUGAAAAGCUUUUCAGUAAAUGCACUCAUGCUACUACAGGAGCUUCUCUCAGCAAUAAGCCACCCAUCUGCCAUCAACAAGUUAGGACUAAAGGAAGCCACAGCUGCGGAAAAAGAAAACGUGAGCUUCAAUUGAACAGCUGAGCAGCCACAGAGGACGAAAACUUGUAUUAAGUGUUGAUUUAAAAAACUGCAGACCUGUCAGAGGAGAUCAAGCCAGCGAUUUCAAAUGGAAUAUUCCAAGAGAGCCCGGUGGAUUCAAUUUUGCACUAAUAUCAAAGGACACUAAGCCCAGUAAAUUAUUCAAAGGCUAUCUUGCAUUAGAGCCUUUUACAGACUCACCACGUUGAGUCUGAAACUACGACUGAAUGCAACCUCCAAUGUACUCAAAAGAAUGGGCUUACAUUUCAAGUGGCCAUUAGGGGCUCGUAUGCUGGCAGCACUAUAUGCAAUGAGUAUGGUUUUAAAAAUGCUGCCUGCCUUGGGCUUGGCUUGUCCACCAAAAUGUCGCUGUGAGAAGCUGCUCUUUUACUGUGACUCUCAGGGAUUUCACUCAGUGCCAAACACCACUGAAAAGGGCUCGCUAGGUUUGUCACUGAGGCACAAUUCUAUUUCUGAACUUGAAAGGGAUCAAUUUGCAAGCUUCAGUCAACUUACUUGGCUUCACUUAGAUCAUAAUCAAAUUGCAACAGUCAGAGAAGAUUCUUUUCAAGGACUGUAUAAACUUAAGGAAUUAGUCCUAAGUUCCAACAAAAUCUUUCAUUUGCCAAACACAACUUUUAGCCAGCUGCUUAACCUGCAGAAUUUGGACCUCUCUUUUAAUCAGUUAUCCUCUCUGCACCCCGAGCUCUUCUACGGCCUUCGCAAGCUACAGACCUUGCACUUGCGAUCCAACUCCCUGCGGACCAUCCCGGUCCGCCUGUUCUGGGACUGUCGUAGCCUGGAGUUCCUGGAUUUGAGCACAAACCGCUUGCGAAGUUUGGCUCGAAACGGAUUUGCGGGAUUAAUCAAGCUGAGGGAGCUUCACCUAGAGCACAACCAGCUGACGAAGAUUAAUUUUGCUCACUUCCUCCGGCUGAGCAGCCUGCACACACUCUUCUUGCAGUGGAACAAAAUCAGCAACUUGACGUGUGGGAUGGAGUGGACCUGGGGCACCUUAGAAAAGCUCGAUUUGACUGGGAACGAAAUCAAAGCCAUCGACCUCACCGUCUUUGAAACUAUGCCUAACCUUAAAACCCUCCUCAUGGAUAACAACAAGCUCACCACUCUGGAUUCCAAGAUCCUAACUUCACUGACAUCCCUCACCACCGUGGGCCUCUCCGGCAAUCUGUGGGAAUGCAGCCCAAAGAUCUGCGCCUUGGCCACAUGGUUGAGUGGCUUCCAAGGUCGGUGGGAGCACUCCAUCCUCUGCCACAGCCCCGACCACACCCAGGGAGAGGAUAUUCUGGAUGCAGUGUAUGGUUUUCAGCUUUGCUGGAAUUUAUCGACUGUUGUUACACCCGUGGCUACGACGUCCACAGCUCCAACGACCGAGUACACGAAAAGAAUAAGCUCUUCUCAUUUCCAUAUGGGAGACAAAGAGGUUCCAACUACGGCAGGCAUGGUCGUUACCACUGAAGAACAUUUUCCCGAGCCAAACAAUGCCAUCUUCACUCAGAGGGUAAUUACAGGAACAAUGGCUUUAUUGUUUUCUUUCUUUUUUAUCAUUUUUAUAGUGUUCAUCUCCAGGAAGUGCUGCCCUCCCACAUUAAGAAGAAUUAGGCAGUGUUCAAUGAUUCAAAACCACAGGCAGCUCCGAUCCCAAACGCGGCUGCAUAUGGCAAAUAUAUCAGACCAAGGACCCUAUAACGAGUACGAACCCACCCACGAAGGACCCUUCAUCAUCAUUAACGGCUACGGACAGUGCAAGUGCCAGCAGCUGCCGUACAAAGAAUGUGAAGUAUAAUACCCACAGGUCACCACAGAUUAAAUCAGAUAAGUAACCUAUUUUAAAACAGUAGGGGACCUGCAUCAGAUUCUAAUUUUUACAAAUGUUGACAUAAAGCCUAAUUUUCCAAGCUACUGAAUGGAAACAUUGUUUAUGGAGUGGUGCAGUAUUUUUUAUUUUUAAGUUUUUUAAAACAAAUGAAUCCAUAAUAUUUUCAGUGUUAAAGAAGCAAUGAUUGCAUUCAACUUGCACUCCUAACGUUGAAAAGUCGGAAAAAGAUGCUCACCUCAAACUAUGUAAAAUGUUCCAUGUUAUGUAAUUAUAUGACUGUGUGUAAACAUUUAUAUCCAAGUCUCCAUAUUCUGCUUUUCCCAAUGCAAACAGCCCGAGGGGAAGGAUAGUGGCUAUCUGUGCCGAGAGCUGCGGGGCGACAUACGCUCCGUUUGUUCCACUGCAGCUGGAGGAUCCCAAACGCUCCAGCUGGCUCCGCUCACUUUAAAGGCAGCAGUGGAGGAAGGUUUUUUUUCCUCCCCUGAUAAUUUCACUCCAGUAUAAAAAAAAAAAAAGGGGGGGGGGUAGGGUGGGCAGGGGAAAACAAAAAAACAAGGCAAAGAGGGUCCCCGGUGGGGAUGUAAGCGUGUUGGGGACCACUGGGAUUCUUUUAAAUAGAGCUUUCCCAUCUGCAUUCCUAGUUUGGCUCGCUUGAACAGACCCUGAUGGAGCUCUCGCAGAGGCAGAGGAGCAGUUCACACGGUCACAAAUGAGCAGAACGGCUCUCCAGGCGCUUACCAAGCGGGCAGUGGAGCUUAUUCAGGAGAGCUCAACAAGACCAAUUCUAACUAUUAAGUGCAUUCAAUUCUUAUCAAGCUCUCUGGUUUGCCUUGCUGCUUUUUAUGAAUCCAGGCUAAUUACUUACCGCUAGGAACAAACAGCGUUUCAACACCUUUUCAUGUGUAAAUAACCUUAAUGCAAGUUUUUCUUAAUUAAAAGUAAAUAUCAAGCGUGAGGUUAAGAAGAGGGAGGGAAGGAGGUUAAGAAGAGGGAGGGAAGGAAGAAGCCUCUCUUUGUCCCUCGCCGUCUCCCCAGCCAAGGCUUCCUCUUGCCUGAACCUAUUUUCAUGCACUAACUCCGCUGGUUUCUCUGGAGACAGAAUUGGCCCCUGAAAUAAGCUCUCACUUGUCCUCCUCUCCCAAAAUCCAAGGUAUUUACCAGCUCGAAUAAAGAAAGAGGUAUCUUUUGAUAAGUCAGGAAAAGGAUUAGUUUAUAGAAUAGCUCAUUAAAAAAAAAUGUUUCUUACUUGAGAUGGGACAGACUCUGAAUUAGUUUGCUGUUUAAAAAUCAUAUAUAAAUAUACACACACACACACACACAUGCACCUCCUUCUCGAGGGGCGAUUUGAUUUCUUUAGCCAGCGGUACCAUCCUGCUACUUAUGCUCUGUUAGGGAACUCUGUACAUACUUGCAGAUCUAUGCAGCGACGGUGGCGCUCGGAGCCACGGGGCGGGGGCGCGGGGGGCUCUGCAAAGCAUCACACUAUUUUUAAGUCAACUGCUCAACUCUUGUUAUCGUUCUAACCAAAGCUAAAAGGACCAGAGGGAUGGGAGUUUUUUUAUUAUAUAUAUACAUGUAUGUAUAACUAAAAACCGUGUUGUGUCCAAUGCUGCAGUGUUAAACGAUUACCAGCACACAGCGAUGAAGAGAAGAAAUUCCUCACAGCAUUGCCAUAUCUUGAACGAAUCAGUAAUUACAGUAUGCUAAUUGUGUUGUACUAAACUAUGCCGCAAAGUUUUGAAACAGAAAAAAAAACCACUGCAUAAAAAUCUGUUUGCUAUUUCACUCUGCUUUUCUCUAUCUGUAUUACCACUUAGUGAGGUAUUUAGGGUGCAGUUAUACAACAGUUUGAUGUUUUGUUGUGAAAUGAACUCGUCCGAGGCAAUUAUAGCAAGAUAAGUGUGACUUCUGUUAAGGUUUUACAUAAAGAUUUUUCAAUUACUGGUUUUGACAAUAUUAAUUUGCAUCACGUUACUUUUACAAGGAGUGCCCUUACUAUAAAACAAAUAUUAGGUGUGCUCACUGUGGCUCUGUACUUUCACAGCAAAGAUCAGGGAAGCCUAACGGUUCCGCUGAACCCUCCUUACUGUUUGGACUACAAUGAGCUGAUUUACACCUAUCCUAAAAAAUCAAUUACCAUUCCUCACUGAAUACAAUAAAUCCUACAGGGCAGGUGGACAAAGAGUAAAUACUCCGAUUAACUCCCACGUGAGCCAGGCGGCCAAACCCAAGCUGAGAAAUACAAAAAUUUGGUGGUAUCAAAGGGUAUUUGGCUGCUUGCAGAAAAACUCGCUUCACUCCUCACCACAAGUUGAGUGCUCACAGCUCUUCCCCAGGUCGCAACUUUCACCCUGCCGCAGGCAGGGCAGCGUGCAUCGCUGUCCCAGCAGCAGCCCACCUUGUCUGUGCAUCUCCCUUACCUUCACCGACACGAUGGUCUGCACCGGGGAAGCCGGGAAGCAGAUGCUUUGGGGAAUGAUUUUGAUGUACAGCUGGAGGGUACCAGCAGAGACAAAGUUGUAACUCAUUAAUUACACUGGCAGCCAAAUAACCUUGCUACGCUACAAUCAACCAUCAGAUGUCAAUACUGAACCCGCUGAAGCCCUCAGCUGCAUUUGGAAGAAGGAAUUCCACCUUUCUCCUCCAUACCAGGCAAGAAACCUUGCUGCAAGACUGUUCAAAAGGCACCACCUCUGUUUUCCACACAGCAACAGGAAGGGGUCUGACGCACUCAGUUCCUCCCACGGCGGUGCUCUCCCUACACCCCAGCUCCAUCUUUGUUAGCUUACAGUGAUGCCCAAAAAGAGUAAAGACAGAUGUCGCAGCAACACUGGAUUAAAUCCCCCUUUUCCACCCAGCCACUCACACCAAACUUGCAAGCAUUAAAGCGUGUUCCAGUGUCUCUCAAAGCAGAGACAUCUGGAUUCCUAACUUCUCUCCCCCACCAGUAUCCUGAGUUUCUACUGGUGCUGCCCAACUUCUCUCCCCGACCAGUAUCCCCAGUUUCCACCGGUGCUGCCUUGGCUUGCAGCCGGCGAGGCGGAAGGCCAGCAGACCCAGCCCAGCACGGCACCGUUCCGGUUUGCUUUGCCCCUCGGUACUACACACUACGCAGCCAGUCUCCCAAAUGCCGUGGUUUAUGUCUGCUAUUUCCAAACCUGUUUGUUGCCAGGUUGCAGGCAUAAGCAAAGCAAUUCCGCAAACAUUACAUUUAGGGUAACGGGUAUCAUAAAACUCACAGAAUGUCAAACACUAGCAGUGAAGUCAACUUGAAUUCCCUCAGGAGGGACAACAAGCGGCAGGCAAAGCCAUUGCUCUACACAAGGACGAGAACAGAGGCUGUUAAUUUUUGUGUUAGUUAUUUCUUUAAAGAAGUUACUGUCUUCCAUUCUCAAU